AAGCAGCAGCGGCUGUGGCGGCGAGCGGCGUUAGCGGCGGCGAGCGGCAACGGCAUUAGCGGCGGCGAGCAGCGGCGGCGGGCGCGACUGCGUGGGGCGCAGGACAAGCAUGACUCGCAGGCGGAAUAAGGCGGUGGGCGCGGCUGGGGCGCGGCGGGAGCGGGCGGGGGGAGCAGCCCCCCCCGAGCCGCCUGCGCCCCCCGCCGGGCCCGGCCUUCCCGAGACACCCGAAGUGGCGGCGGUGGCGGCGGCGAGCGGCGCGGAGCAGGGCAGAGCCUCACAGGCGCUGCCUACUUCCAACCAGUCGGUGCAAACGUGCUGCUUGCUGUGCCACCGGGAGCGCAAAGACUGGGGAGGGCCAUCCCAUAAUGGGCUGGUAUCCCCAGGUGAGCGGCUGCCCCCAGACUUUGUACCAACAUUGGUGCAGAACCUUCUGGGAGAGAUGCCACUCUGGAUCUGCCAAAGCUGUAGGCAGAGUGUAGAAGAGGAAGAAAGAAGAGCAGUCCAGGAGCAGGCUCUGGCGGUCUCACUGUCACAUACGGCCUGUAAGUCACAAUCCUGCGGGGCAGGCUCCCACUCCUCUUCGUCUUCAUCAUCUUCAUCCUCGUGCCAUGGGAACUCAGGAGACUGGGACCCCAGCUCCUUCCUGUCCGCACACAAGCUCUCGGGGCUCUGGAACUCCCAGCAUGCAAAUGGGGCAGCUCAGGGGAGCUCCCUUGGGGGAACACCUGUUGUACCAGGUGACAAGCACCCCGGCCUCUCUCCGGAGUGUGUCAACCAGGCCCCUGCUGUAGGAGGUGGGCUCAAAGCCUGUCCUUACAGCCACGUGUUCACCCCAGCUCCCAGCGGCACCCCCGACUCACCUCUGCCUACCUCACUCGACUUCUGCAAAACGCUGCCCAAGCAGUUCAAGAGCAUGUGUCGGAGACCCACCCCGCCAGGAGAGGCCUUCCACUCCUCAGAGCACCACCGGCAUGUGGACCUCACUGCUCCACCCAACAGCCCCACAGGCCUCCCCUCGCAGCCACCGGCACUCCUUCCUGCAAAGCAGAUGCCUGCCCACGCUGGGCCCUACAGCUCUCCUCCUCACGUUCACUUGAGCUCUUCACCGCAGGCGGCCCCAUUUCCUACACCAGCCCUUAGUCCACAUGCGCCAGCCCCCAAGCCAGGAGCAGAAUCCCCUCCUACUGGACCUUGUAAGAGCCCACACUUACCCACUGCCAAUGUGCCACUGCUGAAGAUUCCACCUCCUGUAGGCUGCACCCAUCCCUGCAACGGGCACUGCAGUGGUUCCUUGGCACCUCCUACCGCAUCACAUCAGCUACCCAGCACCAACAGGGACCCUGCCUGCAAGGGUCAUAAGUUUCCAAACGGUACAAGCUGUCACGCACCACAGUCCUGUGAGGCAGAUGAGGGGCUUGGUGAGGAUGAGGACAGCAGCUCUGAGCGUAGCUCCUGCACCUCAUCCUCCACUACCCAGAAAGAUGGGAAAUUCUGUGACUGCUGCUACUGUGAGUUCUUUGGCCACAAUGCGCCUCCAGCUGCUCCAACAAGCCGGAAUUACGCUGAGAUCCGGGAAAAGCUGCGCUCCAGACUGACCAAGAGAAAAGAGGAACUUCCUCAAAAGUUGGGGCACAGCAGUAGCUCGGGAGAACCAGCUGUAGACCACCGGGACGUGGAUGAGCUGCUGGAUUAUAUUAACAGCACUGAGCCAAAGCCUCUGAACAGUGCCAAGGCUGCUAAGCGUGCGCGCCACAAGCAGAAGAAGAAGGAGAAGGAAAAGGCCCAGCUAGAGGCUGAGGCUCAGAAGCGGGUAGAUCGAAGCCCACCAACAGGUCAAGAUCAGGAGCUGCCUGAAGAAAAGCUUCUGGAGUGGCCCCAGCUAGAACUGGAGCGAGUGAACAGUUUUCUGAGCAGCCGACUACAGGAGAUCAAGAACACCAUCAAGGAUUCCAUUCGCGCCAGCUUCAGUGUCUAUGACCUCAAUUUAGAUGUCAAUGACUUCCCCAAAAAAGCUGCUGUGCUGGAACAGAAGAACCUGCUCUCCCACCUCAAUGGCUCCUCUGAGCUGCAAGAGAUUGACCUUGACCUAUCUCCACUCAGUCUGAAUGCGCCACAUAAUCAUACAUUACUGAGAAAUGAGGUGGGUCCUCGAUGGGCUGAAGGCCCUGGAGAGGUAGUACCGCCACCAGCCUCCGAAAAUGGUGUGGUAAAAAGGCUGAAUGCUGUACCCAACCUCUCUCGCAUGAUUUGGGUUCAAUCACCCAAGGCAACAGACUCUCCCCAAGAAAUUGGAGCUAACCACGAAUCAAAGGAGGCAGCAUCGAGCAGGGGAACGGAAGUGCUAGAACAAGUGCCCAUCACUGGAAAGCAGAGAAAGGGUAAACGGCAGGGCUGCCCAGCAAAGAAGGGGGAAGCUAUCUCCACUAGUGAUAACUCUGGCUCCAAGGGGGUGGGGCAGAAGAAUCUCCCCAAGGGCAACCUUUCCGAAGCCCCAAGAGGCACCAGUAACGCCGAGCAAGGCGAUGGUGCCAGAGGGCUGCGACAGAGCCAGGGAUGGAGUUGCAGUGGCUCUAAGGCAGACAAAGAGAAGAGCGUUGAUGGGAAGAAUCGGAGAGGGGAAGGCAGAGCUGAUCAGGCUGAGCAAGAGCCUGCUCCGUCUGGGCCUGGGGACCGGCAUCUCCCCCACAUAGCUGUCCCAGAUGAUUUGCCUCAACCAAAGGGCAAAGGCAAGAAGAGUAGGAACAAAAUGGAGAAAACGAGCCCUUCCAUUGAUGAUGUGUUCCUGCCCAAAGACUUGGAUAGUGUGGAGAUGGAUGAGACUGACAGAGAAGUGGAAUACUUCAAGCGGUUUUGCCUGGACUCAGCCAAGCAGACCCGACAAAAAGUGGCUGUGAACUGGACCAAUUUCACCCUGAAGAAAACCACUUCAAGUGCAGCUCAGUGAGGUGUGCGGUGCAGCCCUGGUAUAUCUGCACCUCACCUCCCCUCCUCCCAAACCCAUAGACAGACACUUGACCUCACUGACCCUUGGCCCUCCCCUUUCCCCUCCCCAUGGGGCUCCCAUCCCUAGCCCAUAGGCAGGGCCUGGACAGCCCAUGUCCCUCACCUCUCAGUGUUCGACGUUCGGGGAGAUGCUGACUGAGCCGCCCCAAGCCCAGGGGCAGUCUUAUUCAGCCAAGGCCCAGCGUGGCACAGGGACCAGGCUGCACCCAAUAAAGGACUUUUUAAUUUUUUA